ACAUAUUCCAAUUUCUCACUGCUUUUCCUUCUGAUCGUACUCUACGUACACUGGCGGCCGAUGAUUGUUCCCUUGGAUAAUAACAAUUAUAAUAGUAAUAUCGCUGCUUGUGGUUAUCACUUCCUAUGAGCAAUGUCGGCAGUGAGUACCGCCAAAGUUGUGAUCCUCACCCGAUCCGAUACCUGAAAUUUACAUCCGGGAGGACCGUCGCAGUCAAAGUCAAUUUGUGAAUAUCGACUUUCAGUUUCCUAAUAAAAUGCCUGUCCAAGGUCAACCUCAUCCUUCAAAGGUGCUUGUACCCCCCUCACCCAAAGAUCCUUCGGCGACCGACCUUUAAUCAGAGAAAUGUCUAAUUGUGGUGCGGUCAACAAUUCCAAUAGCCAUACGGGCUUGAGGAUUGGCGCCAUCUUCAUUCUACUUGCAACCUCCCUCUUUGGUACCCUCUUCCCAGUCGUGACCAAGAGGGUCUGGAAAAUCCCCGUCGUUGCAUUUGACUUUGUCAAAUAUUUCGGUUCAGGUGUCAUUAUUGCCACCGCCUUUAUACACCUUCUUGCUCCUGCUUUCGCGGAGCUCGGUUCGCAGUGUGUUACAGGCACAUGGCAAGAUUAUCCCUUUGCGUCCGCCUUUGCAAUGGCCUCCGUCUUCGGCCUGUUCUUCGCCGAGCUGUUUGCCUUCCGACUAGGCUCUAGCAUUCUCGCAAGGAUGGGAAUGAGUUAUGGUGAGUUUUUUGACGGAUCCUCAGAUUCUUGUGUUACCGUCCGACGAAUCUGGUCGUUUCUGACGCCCCUAGACAUUCAUGCUGGACCCAUAUCGCACUCGCACGUCCAAUCAGGUCGGGAUCAUUCCCAUGCUGGAGCAACGAGCAUAGAAGUUCAGCAGAACCCGAGUGCAACUGAGAAGCCACAGGAGGGGUCCCGCAAUGAAUCUUCAAUCGAGGAUCUGUCUGCACCAGUCGAAAGCAAUUCUGAUGUGCUCGCUCAACUCGUUGGAGUGGCCAUCCUGGAGUUUGGUGUUAUAUUCCACUCCAUUAUUAUCGGCCUCACCCUUGCCGUUAAUGAGGAUUUUAAAACCCUUUUUGUAGUGAUCGUCUUCCAUCAAAUGUUCGAGGGCCUUGGUUUGGGCUCGCGAUUAGCAUACCUCGCUCUCCCGAAAUCAUACAACUGGGUACCUUACAUUGGUGGUAUAACCUACUCCAUCGCUACCCCCAUUGGAACCGCAAUUGGGCUCGGUGUUCGUUCAACGUACAAUCCAGAUAGCAUGAAAGCCAGUCUCAUCACUGGCACACUGGACUCUAUAUCAGCGGGAAUCUUACUGUACACUGGUCUUGUUGAGGUACGUCUUCCUUGCUCAAGAUGUGAGAAUGUGAUGGAGAUACGUUUUGAAUCAUCAGCUAUUGGCUCACGAGUUCUUGUUCAACCCGCGGAUGCACAACGCCCCUAUAGGUAAAGUCCUUUAUGCCGGCGUCUGUAUCCUGUUAGGCGCUGGAAUCAUG